AUGGUUCUGUCGGGGCGAGCGGGCAGACACCGUGAUGGAGAGGAUGAGGAGUCGUGGGGUGCUUCCAAGGCCGAAGACGAAGGCGAGUCUACUGAACGGCAGUCCGGGGUCGCCCCCAAGCAGGGCGAGCGCAGGAAGAAGUUCGCAUCUCCGCUGGAAGAUGACGACGGGAACGAGGCAGACUCCAACACUCAGACUGCUUCGCAGCAGUACCAGGCACUUCUGCAGAUGCUCAGGAGAGAGCAGGAGGCCGCUGACAGCCAGCUUCGGAAUCUUCUGCAAGAGGCUGCUCGAAAGCAGAAUCAGCUUCACGAGCUGGGUGGUGAAGGUGCGAUCCUCAACAUGCCCGAGGUGGGCCGGUCGAAGCGCAUGGCCUCCGCCCGCAUGCAGUGGCUCGUGGAGAACCGGGGGCUGAAUGAAGACGCCGCGCAGGCACGAGUCAUGAGUGAGUUUCCUGCCAGCUUUGGCGCUGGCCGACGCUGGAACCCUGACGAGAGUUGUGCCGGCGUGCGUGCCGAGGAUCGAGCCCGAUGGCUUGCACAGAACCACGGCAUGAGUGAGGUCGACGCGCAGAGGAAAGUGAUGGAGGAAUUCCCGCAGCUUUUCAUCUUGACUCAGGAGCCUGCGCGGGAAGUAGGAGCUCUGCAGACAGCUUCUGGGACGAGACCCCCAAUAUUGGGAUAUGCCUGUGGCCAGGGGGAGCUACAAGGCAGUCCCGAAGCAAACCCCCCCAGCUGGCCAAGUUCUGUAAAGAUUCUCAGCACGGCUUCGUGCUACGAUGUGGUGGAUCAGAUCUACCAGGAAAUGGCUCCGCUGGACAGCCAAUUCUCCAGCAGCAGGUAUGCCUUGCUAUUUGAGGCAUCGCCGAAAAUGCACGAUGUGGAUGUCCGAGUUGGGUUUUACACCUCCGUCUACGGCUUGGGGAGAAAACCUUCGGAUACGAAGAUCCGCUCCGUCACGUCCACCAAUGAGACGCCUCAUCCCGAGCUCGGGUCCUUGCAGAACUUCUGGCGGAGCCUCGGCUUCCCAUCUUUGCCACUGGCGAGUGCCGAAAACUUUCAGAGCAACUGCCAUCCGACCUACACCUGCGGCGGCCGCGGUGGAAUGCUCUGGGCCGUCUCGCAGGCUGCGCCUCUGCGGCGUGUCGUGGUGGACGACAACCUCUGCCUUUCGUACUUUCGCCUCCCUCCUGAGGGCGUGAAGGCAAGUGAUCCCCGCUAUCCGAAGCAAGGAGCCUGCCUUGAGUACGAUGGAUGGGUGAAGCUCGGGUAUCGGGAUCCAGUUGCAGAUUUCGCCAGCGGCGGAUUCAUGGCCAACGUGGAGGUUAGGGGGACGGUGAGCUUCGGCUCCCAGCAGCAGUUCUUUGCACGAAAUUGCUCUGCCAAAUCCUGGGAUGGAGGGGCUUGGAGCUGUGUCUUCGUUGGGUGCUCUGGUGCUCCCCAUCGUGAACAAGCGGAGGCAGCAUCCAAAUGCCCCAUCUACACCAGUGUCGCCACGUCGCAGGUGAUUGCAGAGAAGCCCUUCAUCAUCAUGGAGAACGACGGUCGCUACAAGCUGGUCGUUCCCUCCGCCAUGACUGGCCGGAGCGGUACAAACUUCGAGGUUGCGGAGGAGGAAAUCCGAGACUUCAGCGCAGUCUAUGUGGCCCAGCCCUCGAACGGCGCUGCCGAAAUCAACAAGAAAUUGGCGGAGGGGAAGGAUGUUGUAUUUGCUCCAGGCAUCUACAAGCUUGACGAGACGAUACAUGUACAAAGGAGCUGUCAGGUGCUGCUGGCUCUGGGCUUUGCGACCCUCGUGGCGCCGACAGAUUCACCUUGCAUCGUCGUGCAGGAUGGCGCCGUGGGUGUGCGCAUUUCGGGAGUAAUGCUGGAGGCUGCCUACCGUCCGCUGGAAGCAUCGUCGACUGAAAGCACUUCAACAGGACCGAAGGCAUUGCUUCAGUGGGGCUGUGGCAAGGAUGCGCGAAGCGAUCCGACGGUGCCCGCAUCCUGGGGCUUUCUGCACGACUGUUUCGCUCGUGUCGGCGGCCAGGAGGCGCCAUUCACUGUUCGUGAUGAACUUGAUCCCACCAGGAAACCAACGAUGCGACCGGACAGCAGCCGCGCCCUCUUCCAGUCUGAAGCUCGCUGCAGCACCAUGGUUCAGAUUCAAUCGCCCUGUGUGGUGGGUGACAACUUGUGGCUCUGGCGUGCAGACCACUGGCUGAGCGAUCGAUACCUGGUCUACAACCAUGAGAACCGAUGCGAGACCGGGCUGCAUGUUGGGCCCGAUGCAAGAUACGUUACGAUGUACGGUCUUUUCGUAGAGCACACCUUGGGUGACAUGACGUACUGGGAAGGAGAGGAUGGCACCACCUUCUUCUAUCAAUCGGAGCUGCCAUAUGAUGCCAUGGAUGCUGAUGCUGCCAGCAAGGUCUCGACGACGCCGUUCUCUGGUUCCGGGUAUCGCGUGGCGGAUUCUGUGCAGCGCCACACCGCACAUGGUGUUGGGGUCUACUGCUACUUUCGGGACUACGACAUCAUUGUCCCAGCUGGCAUCAGAACACCAGAUGGCGAAGGAAUCAAGUUCCGGAAUGCUUUCACAAAGUGGCUCAACGGCGGUCCAAAAGUGUUUGCACCCGAGUCAUGCUUGCUCGUCUGUGAGAAGAAGUACGGGUGCAUUCAGUGUGUCCUUCAGAAGGGCUCUCGCCGCCUGGGUCCGUCCACAGAUAGUAACAAGGACAAGCCCCACUUUGCCGCAGAGGAGGAUGGCAGUCGACCGCUUUCUCCCAAGGAGGUCCAUCUGCAGGCACGCUUGACAGAGGCAGAAGAAGCACAGGCGCAGAUGGAGGCAGAGACUGCGAAGCUCUUAGAGACCGCAGAGAGCGACAAAGUCGCCUUCGGCCACGAGCUUCGGGCACUGCAACGGAGUGUCCGCUCAGAGCUAGAUGCUUCCUCAGACACGGCAUUGCCUUCGGCACGCCAGGCCCGCCUGGCAGCACAGCUGGGCGAGAUGCGGAUCGAGCGCGAGCAGGCCGUCCAAGAGUUACGUGCGGUGCAGGGCCGCGAGGCCGAGCUCAGAAAGGACCUGGAGUCUGGGCGCCGUGAGCUGAAGAAAGCUCGAGAGGCCCAUCAGAUCGAAGUGGACCUGUUGGCCGCAGAGCUGCAGCAGUUUCAGGACGAGCAGUGGCAGCUCGAAGGGAAGCUCAGGAACUGUGAGGCACAAGAGCCCAUUCUGCGCGCACGUGCAGAAGAAGCUCAAGCUCAGGUCUUGGAGGAGUCGCGCAUCGGCCGGCGCUCACUUCAGCGGCAGCUGCGCACCUUCGAGGCGCGGGAGCGAGAGACCGAGCUGGCUGCCGAGCAGUCCCGCCAAGAGCAGCAGCACCUUGUUGCAGAGUUGGCGGAUGUGGAGGCAAAGUUGGUCGUCACCAAGGAGCAACUGCAGAAGGCCCGUGAGGACAAACUCUCGGACCGGCAGCGCCUGGAGCGGCAGUUAGACAAGUUUCGCAACGAGCUUGGGGAGCAGCGUCAACUGCGCGAGGCGGUGGAGAAAGAAAAGACUUACGUAGAGUUGGGUGGAAACCGGCAGCAUCAAGAGCACACUGCUCAGAUUCGAAUCUUGCGAUCGACUUCGAAGCAACUCACUGCGCGCCUUGACUGUCUGGAGUCUUCAAGCGAGUCUCAGCAACGCGACCAUGCAGCCUCGGAGGCGGAAGCCGCGAGGCACAGAGAAUCCUUGGAGGAACGAGCCCAGGCAGCCGAAACCUGGGGUCAGGAGCUUGCACGCCGGCUUCAGGAGGCUGAGGAUCGUCAUCGCCAGCUCAGCGACGAAAAGGAGGCGCACCACCGGCAAAGCCAUGGCCACAUUACUGAGGCGCACUCCUUCAUGUCUCGGCUUCUGCAAGCUCUUGGGCACAAGGCAGACGAGCUAGUCGCCUUUGUAUCUGGCCACUGUCACGCUUCCGAAGAGGAAAUGCGCACCUGCGUCGAGCUGGAGCACCUGAAAGCAUCAGGUGAAUCACCCGAGGCACUGGUUACUCGUGCUUUUGCCGGGCUGUCGCAGACUCUGGCCUUGCUUGCGCGGGAGAACACCGAGCUGCGGGCAGGCGCUGGAACACCAACUAGUGCGACCGUGAGGCGGCGAGCUGCGGCGGCCAAUGCGACAGAUGUCACCGUCAGUGAGGUGCAGGCCAAGAUGGCUGGCCUCCAAAAGGAGCUCAUCAAGCUGCGCGAGCACAACCAGGAUCUCGAGCUGGAGCGGAAUCAGCUCCUUAGCAGCUCAGGGAAUGGCUCGGCGUCCCAGGAGGCUGAGGCAGCUCUCGCAGACAUGAAGCAGCGAAUGAAAUCGCUCUCCCAGGCAAAGCGCCGUGCAGAAGAGCGUGUUGAGGAACACCAGCAGGAAAUCACUCGCCAAGCCCGGGCACAUCAGGCAGACUUGGAAAGGUUGCAGCUCGACAUCGCCACGCAGCAGCAACAUCAGCUGGAAGAGAAGGAUCAUCUCAAAGGAAAGCUUUCUGGUUGCGAGCGGCGCAUCAGAAUGCUGGAGGCCAAGCUGAAAGGCAGAGUUGAGACGCAGCGGGUGCUUCAAGCAGAGAAGGAGGCCGUCGAGGAGCAGCUGCGAAUUGCCGCAAAGCAGCUUGAGGCCUUGCUCGCGGACGAAUCCAAAGAGACGGAUCUCCUGCGGGACCUCACUGGCCUGUCCAAGCAGUUUGACCAGUUGCAUGCCAAGCAUCGUGCGCAGCUGAUCAGCGCAGCAGAGCAGGCCCAGCUCCUCCAAACCGAGCAGGCCAUGCGCAAGGAGCUCGAGGCCAAGUUCUGUGCUGCCCAGGCAUCUUGGCAAGCCAAAGAGGGCGAGGCCGUUGCCUGGCAAAAGCACUCUGAGGUUCUAGACAAGGCGGUGCGUGCGAAUGCCUACCUUGCCUACCGAAACUCACAGCUUGCUUGCCACGAGACCUCGGUGCCUUGCGUGCAGACAAGGCCGUGUGAAUGGUACGACAUGAAGGUUUGCAUGUCAGGAGUUGAUCGGCCCAUAUUGGCACAGACCGACGUCGACACCUUUCCAGUGGCACCUGUGGGUCAGGCUGCGAGCGAUGCUCAAGUGGAGCGCCUGAGCGCUGCCCAAGGACUCUCAAUCCACGGGCAAGAACCGUCCAUUGAUGUAAGCGGCUUGCUGUGGCGAUUCUUCAUGGCGGAAGGAGAAAGCCUGCGGCUGGUCGAGGAGAGUUGGCAAGAGCUGCAGAAGGAGAUGAAGCGUCUGCGAGAAGAGCUCCAGGAGGUGCAGAAGAACGAGCCACUGGAGCUGCUCCUUCGGUUGAAGCGGCUGGAGGAGGAGCUCCAGGAGUCAGAGACGGCCAGGCGCCACUUGGAGCGUGAGCGCAAGCGACGGCCAGGCAGUCGCAGUGCAGGCUUCUCUGCAGUUCUGGAGGACGAUGAGAACCAGCCACCACCGACAAAGCCCGAAGCUGGACCUGUCGCAAAUGCAGGCAAGACCAGCGUCAUUUCUACGUUGGACGAAAUCCAGGAGAGGCUUGCAGCCCGGGAGAAGGCCUUGCACGAGGCCAAGAUCUCGCUCAAGGAUCCCAGCACGAAUGCUCCCAGCGAGCCUCAAGCAGCGACCAAGGGCCAGCAGGGCCAGCCGUCCUUGGCCGAGUUGGAGCGCGACUUCGGAGCGUAUGCUCGAUCGGUCGGCUUCAAAGGCGACGUCAACCAGCUUUGGGAAGAGGCUCAGGCGGUGGCAGCAGCCACGUCACUAGGCCAAGAGGCUCGUUCUUGCUGGCUGUUCUGCGAGUUCUGCAUGCUCACACUCUGCUGUACCAAAAGAGCAGGCACCGUCCUAUGCAUACACUCUCUUUUGCGCUGCAACGGGCAACAGAGCGGUUAG